CCAUUCCUUUAGUCAACUCUGAUUUGUUAAGGUGUACUUUCAUAAGUUUCGUAAUUCAUGGGAUUCCGUAAUGAUAGGAAAGAUAUAGGAUAAUCGAUUACGGAGAAACUUAUUCCGAAUUACAUGCAGUACUCUAUGUGUAAUAUAUAAGAAAAUUUCAAGCCGAUGUAAUGCAAUUUCGUUUUACAUGGGAUGUGAACACGGCUUUUGUAUGUGAAGUCAUGUUAAAACUUUAUGUUUUUGUGGUGUUUUUAAUCUGGAUGGGGAGCUGGGAUGCAUACGGGAUUUCUAUAUCCGAUGGUCGAUAUGAAGAUGUCAAUGUAAUAAUCAAAGACAGUAAUGCGGAAAAUCAGCAGCUUUUAGAAGCCAUAAAGAAAUCCUUUACAAACGCCUCAGCUCAUCUGUUUACAGCAACUCGUAACCUACUCUACUUCGGGAAAAUAAAAAUCAUUGUACCAAAAUCUUGGUCGAAGAAGUCUUGGUAUAAACAGAUGCCAGUCCGGCUGUUUCAAAUGUCACACAUCAUCAUUGACAAAGAUGGAGGUUCAGCUAACGCACAAGUACGAGGCUUGACUGAAUGUGGAAAAGGGGCAUCUUAUAUGCUUUUACCUCCGGCGUUCUUUCUGUCACGUGAUAAAAACAGAAAUUAUGGUAGGGAUAUAACAAAAGGGUUAUAGGAUUAUGAAACAUUUUAGGAAUAUUAUUCAGCAUUUGAAGUUGUGCACUUGGGGGUUUUGUUGGAGAUUUUA